AUGCGCUUGCAUGCAACUUUCGUCUUCAUAUUAUUUCUACUUUCCCCUUUCGUCUCCACCGUGACUAUCGAGCACUACCGAACCGCAACAUGCAAGGGUAACCAUGUUACUUGCAGUGGGAUUCGGGAGUUCCAAUGCUGCAAUGUCAAGCCAAACCGCCAGUCCGUUUUCUCCUCUGCCAAAUUCCGCGGCUUGCCAACAACUGCAAUCGGAAACGUCUGCCGCCUAAAGGGAAGUAACGACUGCGGAUCGGUGCAGAAAUCAGUGAGGGGAUUGAAUCAAUGUGCCGCAUUGGGCAAUGCUCGGGGCUCCUUUUGGUUUGAUUGUCGGCGGAAUCGUCAAUGUUCCCGUCUCCAAAGCCGUGAGGAAGUCAAUGCUACCGCAGUCGACGGAUUUAUGGGUAGCCAGGCCAACGAGACCAUUCUGCCAAAUAUUGUGGGGAUCGGCGGCCAUCUAUUUCCAGUAUAUUAUGAUACCCCCGAGAACAUCACGGUCAUUUUGAUCGAGAUAUUUGAGAAUGAUGGAAGCUAUGAGGACGUUCCAGAGGAGGUGAGGGGUAUGGAAAUCACAGACGAAGAUGUGGACGAAGAUGUGGACGAAAAUGCAGACGGAGAUGAAGAAGACGCAGAAUGA